AUGCUGACACCAGAAGGUGCUCUGACAAAAGCGCAAAACCCUGAUAGGAAAGAGUAUCAAGAUCGCAUGAAACUCAAGCUCAAGGUCAACCCGUCCAAGCGGCCGGCGGCUAAGAACAAGCCGGAAGAGCCGGAGCCCAAACCUCUACCGAGGCUCAAAAUCAAGCACGGCUCCCAGAACGACGCUCUGGGCAGCAUACACAAGCCCAGGCCGCCCAAGGAAAAGCUCAAGAAGCUCAAGCUCAGCUUGGGCAAGUCCAGCCAGUCGUCGCCCGGCGGCGGCACAGGCGCCAGCGACCAGAACGCGCCGCUCCCGGCGGUUCCCAAGAAAGUGCCCAAGGUGCGCAUUAAGCCAACACGAGUGCCCGGCGAAGGCUACGAUUCCGAGGCGCCCGACGUCGAGGACGACCCCUUGUUGGAGCAGGCCAUUGCCGUGCGUUUCCUCCACGACGCCAACCUCGACUUUCUACAUUCCGCGGCCGACAGCGGCGACUUUUCCAACGUCAACAUCAAGUGGAUCACCCGUGACAAGGCCGUGGUCAACGUCAACCUGACGCUCUACUCGGCGCGGCUCAUCGACUUGCCCACGCUCACGGAGCUCUACAAGACCGUGGACAAGAAGAACAUCUUCAAGACCAUCGACGUCAGUCAGAUCUUGCUCGUGUUGCGCACCAUCAACCCGAAGCACUUGAACAUGGACUCGGACUUCGAGGUGCCGGACGAGCACACGUACACGCACCCGCUCUACACGUUGUCGGUCAACAAGGAAAUCCGGCCCUCGAAAACCGCGUACCGCCACGGGCUCCUGGCGUCGUUUGAGGACGUGUACCGCCGCUUCCGCCCCAAGAAGGUCAACCAUCGCCUCAUGACAGACGUCGAGCUGCGCGUGGACGAAAUCAUCCGCCGCGACGCCGACGCCCAGGAGAGCCACUACGAGUACGUCAACCCGAGACUGCAGCUCCCUCGAGCCGCCGACAACGGCCGGUCCCACGAGCUUCUGCGGACCGCGUCCUCGGCCUCGGUGGCGCGGGACGCCGCGGGCGUGUCGGAACAGGCCCCCACAACACCGCUUGCCGACCUGGAAGAAGACGGCGCGGAUGACCAGAUGGCGCUUGAUCUCGAGGCGGAUCUCGACAUUGCUCUCGAGCAGGAGUUGGCCGACGCCUUGGACUCGACGUCCAACACCACGGCCGCCACUGUGCUCAUGAAGCUGGAGUACAACAACGAAGAUGACGACGAGGGGGCGGCGGCUGGCAAUGACGACGAUGACGAUGAUGACGACGACGAUGAUGACGACGACGACGAUGACGACGACGAUGACGACGACGUGAAACGGGACAAGUCGCGGGCCAAGAAGCUCGAGGAAGAGAUCGCGGACCUCCAGAACGCUGCGGAAAAACAGAAGGUCCUACUCGCCAAGGCCAGCUACAAGAUGAUGCGGAUGAAGUUCCAGUCCGCGUACAACAACCUCAAGUCGCAACUCGACUUGAAGAAGCGCGAGUUGGCCAAGGUGCGCGAGCACCAGAACAAGCUGCAAGUGCCGGGCCUCAUGAAGGGCGACCCCCGCAGAAUCGAGCAGGAAGACGACGACGACGACGAUGAUGAUGAUGAUGAGCCAGACGACGACGAGCCGACGGAGGACCCGAUGCAGGCCGGCAACGGCCCUGCCGACUCGGGCACCUCCAAGGACGACGCCUUCAAAGCACAGGCGUUGCUCGCCGAGAACGGCGCAGACGACGAGCCCCCAAUGAAUGACGCCAACGACGAGGACAACUACGAUGACUUCCAGGGUCUAUUCUAG